AUGGUCGGCCGCAAACGGAUCCGAUUCGUGGCGGUGGUAGUAUUGUUUCUGGUGGUCGUGGUGGUCUAUACCAGGAAAUCUCAGGUGGAAUCCUACCGCGACUAUGUUACGGAAAAGGUGGUGGGUGGAGGAGCUGUGAUGAGGAAGCCCGAAGUUCAGGAACCUGCAGGAGCAUUACCUCGACCAACCUAUGCACCCACCACUCGACUGACCCUCAGACCGACUAAGAAUGUUCUCGGGGACUCGUCCUUGACGAAAUCUGCGGCACGAGUAGAAGCCAGCAGCAACGUCUUGCCAGCUUCGAAAGCGAGCUCGAAGGACUCGACGACCCGGACUAUUGCUCCCACAACCACGCCUGCUGUUGCAUAUAUGCCUCCCAUCACUGAUGACGACCUACUUCCUGCAGAGUUUGGCGAAGGCCGAAUCGACAAUUCGGACAUAGUGAGCACAUCUUCCACGAUUUACUGGACGAAGCAGCCUGAGCUAUACCCUGUCUCCACCACAAUGCAGCUCCCCACCGGAAGCUCGAAACCUAUGCCGCGGAUACAGUACGCUGGCAAGGACGCAGGCAAGCCAGAUGUCGAGCGGUUGGCGAUCAUCAAAGAGGCAACGGAGCACGCAUGGGCAGGAUAUCGCGACAUGGCUUUUGGGAUGGAUGAGGUUAAGCCGAUAUCUGGUGGGUUUAACAAUCCCUUCAUGGGCUGGGGAGCUACGUUGGUCGAUUCUUUGGAUACGUUGUGGAUCAUGGGUAUGAAGGACGCUUUCGAAGAGGCUGUGGAGCACGUACGGACGAUCGACUUCACGACCGCUAACAGGAUGGACAUCCCACUAUUCGAGACAACGAUCAGAUAUCUGGGCGGGUUGGUUGGUGCGUACGAUAUCUCGGGAGCAAAGUACCGCAUCCUGCUGGACAAGGCGGUGGAGCUGGCAGAGGUCUUGUUCAGCACUUUUGAUACUCCGAAUCGCAUGCCUGUCACGUACUACCAAUGGAGACCGGCUUUCGCGUCCCAAGGCAAGCGUGCCUCGAGCCGGAUUAUCAUGGCUGAGCUCGGCAGCUUGAGCUUGGAGUUCACGCGCCUCGCACAGCUGACUGGCGAGCCAAAGUACUACGAUGCCAUUGCCCGCAUCACCGACGCAUUUGAGGUCUGGCAGAACAACACGCGCCUGCCUGGCAUGUGGCCGACGUAUGUAGACGGAUCAGGAUGCGAUAAGUCUGCGGCACACAACGUACAAGGUUCGUCUCGGAGCGCGGCGUGGGCAAGUCGUAAUCAGCAGCUGGUGGCGGGUGGUACGAUGAUGGAGGCCGGUCUACCUGUUCGCCAGGGCGCUGGGCCGAAUUUAGUGAGCUCGUCUGGUACUGUAAUGGAUCAGAAGCAGCAUCUCGAGGCACAGGCAAAGCUGGAGAAGCAGAACGGGGCGGAAGUGCUAGGCGGAGCGUCCGGAGGUACUGGCAAGGCCGGCACUGCGGCUGCGAAGUCGUCUGAGAAGGCGCUCGGCGAACUUGGAUCUUCGAAGGUGAAGCGGCAACUCGAAAAUACUCACUUCUUAUCUCCGCCCCGUAACGCCACCAUUGACGAUACUGGAGUGCGGCGUGCACCACAAGAUCCGGCACAAGCUCUCCUGACUGGCCAAGAAGUCUGUAUACCACAAGGCUUGGCUUCGACCAGUAUAUACUCACAGGAGUCCUUCACGCUGGGCGGGAUGAGCGACAGUACGUACGAAUAUCUGCCGAAGGAGUACAUGUUGCUAGGCGGGCUUGUGGAACAGUACAAGGACAUGUACCUUUACAGCGCUGACACGGUGAUCGAAAACCUGCUGCUCAGGCCAAUGACCAUCGACAAUCGUGAUCUACUGAUCUCUGGCCUCAUGAGGGUUUCAAUCAACCAUACCGAUGGAUCGAUGAUCAAGCAACAGGUUGCAGAAGGCGAACAUCUGACCUGCUUUGCUGGAGGCAUGUUUGCUUUGGGCGGGAAGCUAUUCGACCGGCCCGAACAUGUGGAAAUUGGCCGGAAGCUCACCGAUGGGUGCAUAUGGGCGUACAACAGCACGACUACUAGUAUUAUGCCCGAAUCCUUCGAGGCUAUGCCUUGUAAAGACAGGAAGGAUUGUAAGUGGAAUGAGACAGCGUAUUAUCAGGUGCUGGACCCGUAUGAGGCAUCAAGGACGGUACUGCCAAAGCUGUACGAGUCAGCUGCGGCUGUAGAGGCAUUUAACAGGAUCCCAAACACUAGCACCAUAUCUGCCAGCAGCAGUGCGACGGAUUCGGCAUCCACUUCGGCAGCACCCCAGCAUAACGGCGGCAUGGACCUGGGCACUAAGCAUGUUGUGCAGAAGCUGGGUGUUUCGGAGGACAAGAUCGAGGAGUAUGCUAUCGAUCUCACGCGAGCCGAAGCGCCAAAUCUUGAGAAACGACAGCUCGCCGACGAACCCGCACCGCCACGACCCAUGGCUUCGCCUUCUCCUUCAAACACACAGUCAUCUAGCUCCACAGCAGCACCGGCGGACGGCCGACCCACUGCCCCACCACCUUCCUUCUACACACCUCCAGUUCCGCUAUCUCACCAAGAAUUCGUCGCCAAGAAAAUCGAAGACGAACGUCUACCACCGGGCAUGGUCCACCUGCGAUCAAAAUCGUACAUAUUACGUCCGGAAGCCAUCGAAUCCGUGUUUUACAUGUACCGCAUCACAGGCGAGCAAUAUUGGCGCGACAUGGGCUGGAAUAUGUUCAUCGCCAUCGAUACGCAUACACGAAGCCAGUACGGUAAUGCGGGUAUUGACGAUGUGACGAAGAUGGCGCCGGAGCAGAAGGAUAAGAUGGAGAGUUUUUGGGUGGCGGAGACGCUGAAGUAUUUUUAUCUUUUGUUUGAUGAUGCUGAGACGUGGAGUCUGGAUGAGUGGGUGUUGAAUACCGAGGCGCAUUUUUUCAAGAGACCAAAGUAUCAGUUUGCUUGA